CAUUUAAAAACGCAACAACCUUCAGUUCAACGUCGACUAUGUCUGAGAUGUAAAACUAACAUCUUUCAAAGAAAACACACAGACACCGUACACUUGAUGUGUCACAUCUUUUGAUAGCUUUACCGCCGGUUUUUGAAUCAAAGUGUUCCCGCCACCGAGACGUACUGAGCACCUUUAACGUCUAUAAGGAUAACUGGUCAAAGUUCACCAGACUGAGACGUCACUUAAAAUGGCGGACAAUGGAACAGUUCAGCUGGUAACGCCGACGAUUAGUGUUGAAUGCGCAGAGAACGGAGCUGUGGCGGCUGCGGGGAAAGAUCGGGAGAGUUCCGGGAGCAAACGGCACUCUCUCUACUCCACGUCAGGCCGGAGCAGACAGACCAGCACGUCGGGCUUCCACAGGACGGCUAGUGCUGCUGGUCGACUCGAGUCACAGCUCACCUCCAGUGAGGAAUGCAUCACACCUGUACCGGAAGACAGGUCAGAUCCUGGUGGCCCUAUCAGUAAGAAGCUGAAGAGCCCCCGUGUGCCACACAGCAAGCACUCGUCUGCAGAUGAGGGCCCCAGCAUGGUAGAGAAGGGGACCAGUGGUGACCGCACUCCCGAGAUGCCGGAGAGGGCACACACAGGCCACAAGGGCAACAGAAGUAAUGGCAAAAACUCUAAGAAAUCAUCAAAUUGGUACAAUAUGCUGCAUCCAACGUACAAGUCAAAGUGUGAAGAUUUCCACAAGCUUUUCAAGCAUUUGCCUGAGACAGAAAGAUUACUUGUAGACUACUCCUGUGCCCUGCAGAAGGACAUCCUUGUCCAUGGCAGACUUUAUCUCACAGAAAACUGGGUCUGCUUUUAUGCCAACAUCUUUAGAUGGGAAACUUUGCUGACAAUCAGAUGUAAGGACAUCACCUCUAUCACCAAGGAGAAAACUGCCAAGGUCAUACCCAACGCCAUCCAGAUAUGCACCGAAAAUGAGAAGCAUUUCCUGACAUCCUUCACCCAGCGAGACAGUGUGUACAUGAUGAUCUUCAGGAUUUGGCAGAAUGCCCUACUGGAAAAGCCACUCAGCCCCUCCGAACUGUGGCAGUACUUCAAACUGACCAAUGGGGAGAUGGACUUCAGUAGUGAGGAGGAGGACUCAGCAACAGACAGUAAGAGCACAGAGGACUUGAGUGCAAAGAAAGGAGAGGGUAGCACUGGGAGCAGGACUCCACAGAGAUCAGCUAGCCCCAUCCCCAGCCCUGCCAGCAGCGAGCCCUCACGCCUCAGCUCCGUGGAGUCACCUAUGAGUGAUGAUCCUCCCAGUCUGCCGGUCGGUCGUUCCUCACCCACCACCCCACAGAGCACCUCUGAGCAGGCCGACAUUUCUCAGGCAGACACCGUAGCCGACGAAACCCUCCCUCAGGACUCCAUGAAGGACGACUACAUAUCAACUGAGGAGAGCGAUACAUCAGAGACGGAGGAUGAUGAUGUUGGAGAGGUGGUGUGCCCUUACAAUGACCUUGUGGGCAGGAAGUGCAUCAAUGAGGUUUACAACAUUCCUGUGGACAAACUGUACGAGAUGCUCUUCAGUCAGGAGUCCGACUUCUUCCAGGAGUUCCAUGCCUCCAGAAAAACAUUUGACAUGGUGAUUGGACCAUGGCAGGACAGAGAAGAUGGGGACCAAACCAGACAACUGACCUACACCCUCACUCUCAACGCUUCCUUUGGACCAAAAACAUCUGCCUCCACAGAAACACAGAUCUCUCAUGACAUGAAGCCCGGGCUGUUCUACGUGGUGGACUGUGAGAUUGUCAACGGUGGGAUUCCAUACGGGGAAAACUUUUACGUCCUGAACAGAUACUGCCUUAACAGAGUUACUAGCUAUCAAAGUAGACUCAGGGUAAGCAGUGAAAUCAAGUACAGAAAAACUGUUUGGGGCCUGGUCAAGAAUAUCAUAGAAAAGAAUGCUGGCCAUGGCAUUCAGGAAAACUUUAAGCAUUUAGGUCGGCAUUUAGACAAAGUGUCUGAUGCAUGCCAACCACCGACACCUAGAAAAAACAAGGGCCUGGCCAGCAGCGUACGGCGGAGAAAACGAGCGUCCAGCUACACUUACCAGCCACGCCCACCGGAGAUCUCCAUCACAGGCCCACAGUCUGCAGCUGCACCCAACCCCAGUCUGGCCAGCAUGGCACCAACCCUCACCAGAGUCCGUAAGCUCAGCCGCACUGACAGUCCUCACAGAAGUGCAGGCAGGACAGGAGAGAAUGAUUCCUACAGGAGCCUGCAGGGCAGGACAGCAGCAGAGACCCGGGAGGACCUCAGCCCCAGCCAACCAUGGCCCAUAGAUGUGGAUGCACACAAGUGUCUCCUGGCUAUCUGUAUCAUUCUGGUGUGCUUGUUACUGCUGAACCUGCUGGUGAUGUACAGAGUCUGGUCGUUAGAACGUGCCACCAGCAGUCUGCAGCCGUGGCCUGCUAAAGAUGUCAGCUGGGACAGUACCACCCCGAGGAGUCCGGAGGAGUGGAUCCAGCUCCUUCAGCAGCAGCAGCAGUUCCACGAGGCGGAGCUGCGCAGGUGGCGCGAGGUGCUGGCCACGUCCGUCACGUUGUUAGAUCAGAUGCGAGCCUCUUUAUCAGGACUCUCUCAUGACGUCAAGACAAAAGUAGACAAUCCUGUGACAGCUGAAUCCCCUGCACACAGCGAUGACUUCUAACACACAGGGAGACUCUUCAGCUUGCUGCCAUCUUUUAAAAUACAAGUGUUCAGAGCUGACAUCAUAGUUUACACAAUGUUGUAUCAUUGGGACUCUGGAAAGUCCCACAGCUUCAUUAAAAGUUUGUCCGGAUUUGGCAAGUUGUGAAUAAAAUAGUAUUUUUGCCAUAAUAUCCUAGUUGAUUCCUGACUGGAUGUGUCUGGAUGUGACAAGUACAAUAUAGGUGCUGGUCAAGACUUGCCCCCUCUCCAGUGAAGCUAACUCUCCUGGCCCACAUCAGAGCUCAUGUUGUUUGAUAAAACUCACUGAAAGAGAGAGAUCAAAGUUGGAGAAAUACAGUAUGAAAUUCUUGUGAAGUUAGUUUUAUGGAGGAUAUACUGUACAUGUACAUCUCCUGCAUCAAUCCCACCUGUAUCGUACCAUGUGCCCUGCCUGGAACACAGAUAGGAGACUGGUGCCCACCAGGCUUGAGGGCACAUAGUCACAUCUUAUAACCUGGAACUGUACGCCAAGCUGUCUGCCAUCUCAGAUAAUUCUUAGGUAGAUCAGCUGUGGCAAUCUGAUAGAUGCUGCUGAGAGGGUCCUUCUGGUUUAUUGCCAUUCAUCAGAGAUGUAAAUAUUGAUACCGAGAUUACAUUUUGUCUAUUGCACUUGUAUAGUAACUAAACGUUUGAAAUGCUGCAAUGUUUGAACUUUCAAUCUGCAUGUCUGUUUAAAGAUAUUGUGUGUACAUGUACUGUAUGUCAGGGAGAAGACUUUCUUAGGAAAACUUUCCUGGUCACCACCUGUGACCUAUGACCUGUUCAAGGUCUUCACCUACAAACCCAAAUAUGAGACACAAUGUCAUCAUAUACUGAAUACUCAUACUUCUGUGUACUGCCUCUUCACUGAUGUAAAGUUGAGACAUCUGUUGAUAGUUUCAUCAGGUUGGUAGAUCAUGAGAUAUAAUAUUACCUUCAGGUUAAUUAGGUCAUGUUACCAACUUUCAGACCUUCUGUACCCUGUGUGUAUUUCAUGAUAUAAAAACUUCCUGACUGUUAUGUUGUAGAGUAGCAAUGUUGUGUUGUGGAGUUGCUGCAUGUUAUGAUGAUGCCUGCUGUUGUGAGCUGGCUUACCUAUUAUAUGUUCUGCACCAGCGUAUGCUGAUGACCAAUAUAUGUGUGUGACUGUGUUUACAUGGACUUCUCAUCUGUGAUGUGUGUGUAAUAGUUUGUACUGAUAUCCUUGAUUUUCAAUGGUAUUCAUCUCUAUUUGUCAUAAUGUAUUCACAGUGAUAUGUGUGUUUUUUUCUGCUUCACAUUCACCCCUAAACUGUAAGUUGUUAUGUUUGUGUUUACACGCUGUGUGUGUUUACACUAAUGCUGACUAUAUGUGUAUGUGUACAUUUACACACUAUGUGUGUUUACAGUUAUGUCUUCUCCAUAAUCUGUGACUUGUGCCAAUUGUAGGUUGUCCACAUUACUUGUCUUAAGUGACAGAAGUUUACUAGGAACAUACAUGUAUGUCUUGGUUUGGUUGUUCUGUUCAGAAUAUUUAAGGUUUCUGUGCAAGUAGAAGUCACAGACGUUGCACAUUUGUAUGGAAAGAAAGUAGAAACUGUAUAUGUACAGACACUGUAUGUAAUAUAUAAACUACUAGACUAAGUACUCCUAAUCAUUCCUUCAGCACAGGUGCUGUUAAGAAUGCCUCACCUAUCUCUGUAUGUUUUGGAAGAAGAGUAGAAAUACCACCAUAUAGUGCAAUUAGUAUAUAAUAGACAUGAUAGGCUUUUUCAGAAGUUUAGAUGUAGUGACAGUUGGUUCAUGUCUAAGCAGUAGUUGACAGAAGUGGACAAAAUUUAGACCAUCUCCACAAAACUGAACACCGACAUGGUGUUCUGGUCAAAAGGUAGAGCUGUGCUUGAAUAAGGUUGUGUUGUAGAUUACCUUAGUUGUUUUUUUUAGUAAACCAGAUGGCAUUUAACUUAGCCUGUGCAUUUAUCUGAAACUGUAGAUACGUUUUCAGAAUGCCAACACAGAAAGUGCAAUAUUACUGUAUUAGUUGUGAUAAUGGGAUGUCAAGCAAGAGAGACUAAAUUUGUUUUUGUUUCACAAAAUCUGUACUCUCAUUAGAAGGUCCUGGUAAUAAACACAAGUGUUGUUGAGGAUCCAAGUAAACAAGACUACCCAUCAUUUUCUCUAUCUUCUCAGAAUUUGUUGAAAUAUUAUAAGAAUGAAAAGUAACAAAUGAAUAUUGGUAGUUAAAAUAAUGAGUACUUCUUAAGCCUCUUGUGAAUACAUGUUAGUGUAUACAAUGUACCACUUCGAGGGUACAAAUUCUCACAUUUUAGUCAGAAAACCUUGCUGUCAGCCAUGGGAACAUGAAGAACUACACCAACACUUCAUAUUCUGUCCAGAUUCCAUGGUAUAUAUAUGACAGAUUGUUUACAAAAGACUGUGUUGUAAUUGUGGAUAUGUAUACAUUAUAUCUGCUAGGCAUUUGAACCUGUCUAAAAAUGGUUUCGUAUGUCUCCAGUAGAAUGUCAUGACCAGUCUUUCCCCUUAUACAUGUAGAAGUAAACCUGCACAUCCCUUUCACAUGACAUGUGCACAAGUGGUUGAUGUCUUAAUUUGUGCAUCCUAUAAUAGUCCAAGUGUCUGUGUAAUGGCACUUCUAAAGUUUGAUAUAUAAGAUCUAGAUUUUGGUAUGAUGUGUUGAGCUGGCCACACAAGGGACAUGCUGCUAACGUACAGAGUGGAUUGGAGUUAGACCAUUUUAAGGGUUGCGAAAACUACAUGUACAGCACUAAAAGUCUUUUAUGUUAAAUUAACGUAGUGACAUGAAAUGUAGAAUUAGGUUUCAUUGAAAGAAAAACUAUAAUUGAAGAUUUGAUAAGACGACAGUAGACAUCAACAAGAGGAAGAAAAACUGAUUUUCACAUUCGUAACAUUUAGGUCUAAGAAAGAAGCAAUGAAAUUAAUAGAAUUGUGAAUAUUUUAGAUACAAAAUUGUAUGAUCAUAUUCUUACUCAUCCAGAUAAUGCAUGGAUGCCUGUGAGAGUGAUUGUGGUAGUCCCAGCCUUCGGUUCAUUCUUCUUGUACAGCCGUGUCUGUCAUGUGCUUUGAUUUCAGAUUUUAAAGGAAAAAAGUCGUGUAUUGAUGUUAUAGCUGUCUUUGCACCCCAAGAUGACAACACUAGUAAGAUGAAUAAUUAUGGAGAAUAAAAGACUACAACGCCCA